GCUCCAUUGAGGGCUGCGGCCGUCCUUCGCGCUGCCCGGCGGCCAAUGCGGGGCGGUGCCGGCGGCGGCGGCGCCCCGCCCCGUCUCGGUGUGUGAGCGCCUCGGUGAGGCGGCGGUCACGUGUUGUUUUGCUCUUUAGUUGGGGCACUCGGUGCGCGAUGUGUUACUUACGGCGAAACUCCCGCCGGCGCCGGCAGCACCAGCGGCAGCAGCGGCGGUCGGGGAGCCUUAGCGGCGUCGCCGGUACUCGAGCCGGGGAGGACGCCGGGCGGCCGCCAGCAGCACCCGCUGCCUAGAGGUGACAGCGGAGGAUCCCGCUGCGGCUCCGAGCACUGCGCUCUUCUACGAAGGAAUAACUUUAUUUUACCUGCUUCUCUCCGUCCUUCCUUUUUCUUUUUUUUUUUUUUUUUUUUCCGCCGCGGCGCUCGGGCUCUGGAUCCGCUCAGCGUCGGCGACAGAAGCGAGAGGAGCCGGGCGGCGCUCCCGCCGCGGGGCUGGGGAUGGCGAGCCCUGCCGUGCUGGGGCUGCUGCCCCCCCUGAGCUCCCCGCCCGGCCCCAACCUGAACAACAACAACAACAACAACCAGGGCGUCAGGAAGUGCGGGUACCUGCGCAAGCAGAAGCACGGCCACAAGCGCUUCUUCGUGCUGCGCGGCCCGGGCGGCGGCGGGGAGGAGGCGGGGGGCGCCCGGCUGGAGUACUACGAGAGCGAGAAGAAAUGGAGGAACAAGUCUGGGGCGCCCAAGCGGGUGAUCGCCCUGGACUCCUGCCUCAACAUCAACAAGCGGGCGGACGCCAAGCACAAGUACCUCAUCGCCCUCUACACCAAGGACGAGUACUUCGCUGUCGCGGCCGAGAACGAGCAGGAGCAGGAGGGCUGGUACAGGGCUCUCACCGACCUGCUCAACGAGGGCAAGGCGGCCUGCCAGGGGUCCCCCUACCGCCACCUCGCCUCCCCCUUCUCCGCCUCCUGCGGCGCGGCCGCCGCCUCCCUGGCCGCGGCCGGCGAAGACCUUAACUACGGGCUGAUCGCGCCGGCCACUGCUGCCUACCGAGAGGUCUGGCAGGUGACGCUGAAGCCCAAGGGCUUGGGUCAGAGUAAAAACCUCACCGGCGUCCACCGGCUCUGCCUCUCGGCCCGCACCAUUGGGUUCGUGCGCCUCAAUUGCGAGCUGCCCUCGGUCACGCUGCAGCUGAUGAACAUCCGCCGCUGCGGCCACUCCGACAGCUUCUUCUUCAUCGAGGUGGGGCGCUCGGCCGCCACCGGCCCCGGCGAGCUCUGGAUGCAAGCGGACGACUCGGUGGUGGCCCAGAACAUCCACGAGACCAUCCUGGAGGCCAUGAAGGCGCUGAAGGAGCUGUCCGAGUUCCGGCCCCGCAGCAAGAGCCAGUCCUCCUCCUCCUCUUCCUCCGGGGGGGCCGGCGGGCCCGGCGGCAGCGGCGCCUCCGCCACCCAUCCCAUCACCGUGCCCGGUCGCCGGCACCACCACCUGGUCAACCUGCCUCCCAGCCAGACCGGCCUCCUCCGCCGUUCCCGCACUGACAGCCUCGCCGCCGGCGCCAGCACCAAGUGCACGCCGUGCCGGGUGAGAACUGCCAGCGAGGGCGACGGCUGCCGGGUGGGCUCCGCGGCCGGCAGCCCUAUGAGCCCGGGCCCUGUGCGGACCCCCCUGAGCCGCUCGCACACGCUCAGCGGCGGCGGAGGGCGGCAGACGGGGAAGCUGCUCCCGGUGCUGGCCGGCGGUGGUGGCGGCGGGCUGCAGAGCAGCCGUUCCAUGUCCAUGCCCGCCUCCCACUCGCCCCCCUCCGCCACCAGCCCCAUCAGCCUCUCCUCCAGUAGCGGUCUCGGCUCCGAGCCUGCCCACCCGCAUCACCCGCAGCGCCCGUCCAGCGGCAGCGCCUCCAUGUCCGGCUCCCCCAGCGACGCCGGCUUUAUGUCCUUCGAUGAGUACGGCUCCAGCCCAGGCGGCGACCUCCGGCCCUUCUCCUCCUCCUCCACUGCCAGCAACCGCAGCAACACCCCCGAGUCGGUGGCCGAGACCCCCCCAGUGCGGGACCCGGGGGGCGGCACCGACCUCUACGGCUACAUGGCGAUGGAGCGGCCCCCGAGUGGCCGCCUCUGCUACCGGCCCUGUCCCGACGCUGCCAGCGACAGGUGCCAUCGGAAGCGGACCUACUCCCUGACCACGCCGUGCCGGCAGCGAGCCGCCGCGCCGCAGGUCUCCUCCGCCUCCCUCGACGAGUACACGCUGAUGCGCGCCACCUUCGCCGGCAGCGCCGGCCGCCUCUUCUCCUCCUGCCCAGCCGGGGCUUCCCCCAAAGUGACCUACACCCCCUACCCGGAGGACUACGGGGACAUCGAGAUCGGUUCUCACCGCAGCUCCGGCAGCAGCAGCACCAAUCUGGGCCCGCCGGCAGUGGGGGGAGGAGGGGGAGAUGAUGACGGCUACAUGCCCAUGACCCCCGGUGUGGCCGCAGCCUUAGGGCAGGGAAGCCGGGGCAGCGAUGAUUACAUGCCCAUGAGCCCCACCAGUGUGUCUGCCCCCAAGCAGAUCCUGCAGCCCCGGGCAGGGGUGGGUAGCGGGUCCCCGGGGAACGGGAGCAGCUACAAGACCAGCUCGCCUGGGGAGAGCUCCCCUGACGAUAGCGGGUACAUGCGGAUGUGGUGCGGCUCCAAGUUGUCCAUGGAGAGCUCAGACGGAAGGCUGAGUAACGGCGACUAUAUCAAUAUGUCCCCUCGGGACCCCCAGAAUGGGCCCCAAGCUCCCUCCCUGACCCCCCCGGACUUCUUUUUUGCCCCUUCGGGGCAUGGGUCCAGUGAGCCCCCAAAGCCCAGCUGCUAUUCAUACAGCUCCCUACCCCGCUCCUACAAGAGCCAGGGCUUGGCAAAGGACAGCGACCAGUACGUCUUCAUGAACUCCCCGGGGAGGAUGAUCCCUGAGGAGGCGGUGUGUGGAGCAGGCACCUUCGCCCCCUCCAGCCACACGGUGCCUUCGCCCCUGCGGCACAGCCGGACCGAGAGCUUCCUUAGCCAGCGGUGCCAGCGGGUGGCCCGGCCCAGCCGCCUCUCUUUGGAGACCUUGCGGACGGUGCUGCCCAGCAUGAAUGAGCACCCUCUGCCGCCGGAGCCCAAGAGCCCCGGUGAAUACAUCAACAUUGACUUUGGGGAUGCUGCCGUCUAUUCUCCCCCCUCGCUGCCUGCUGACAGCCCAGCCUCCUCCCUGGGCUCAGGCACGGGGCAGAGGCGCUCCCCUCUCUCUGACUACAUGAACAUUGACUUCGGGUCACAGUCACCCUCCCAGUCGGGCACAGUCUCAGUGGGCUCCUUGGAGGCUCUCUCUCCAGGUUCUUCCUCCAGCACCAGCCAGCCCAACGGGCGCUACCUGAAGGCGGCUGUGGGGAUAGAUUGUUCGUCCAGCCCAUCGGAUGGUGGCGACUACACCGAGAUGACCUUUGGCAUGGCCACCACCCCACCUCAACCCAUUGUUCAGAAACCAGAAAGUGCCCGGGUCACCAGCCCCACGUCUGGCGUGAAGAGGCUCACCCUCUCUGGGGUGGAGGCUUUCAUUCUCUCCAGCCCUCCCCCAGACCCGAAUCGGGGGGCCAAAGUAAUCCGGGCAGAUCCCCAGGGGCGGAGGAGGCACAGCUCAGAAACUUUCUCCUCCACCACCACUGUGACCCCAGUGUCCCCCUCCUUUGCACACAACCCCAAACGACACAACUCAGCCUCGGUGGAGAACGUGUCCCUCAGGAAAAGCGAAGGCCUGGAGGAGGAGCAGGGUAGCAGUCCCAUGUGCCGGGAGACCUCGGCUGGCUUCCAGAAUGGCCUCAACUACAUCGCCAUUGAUGUGGUGGAUGGGUCCUUGGCAAACUGUGACAAAUCCAGGUUGAAAGCUAGGCACCUCCUGAAUGGGGGCAUCAAUGGAGUAGAGAUGAGCACCUAUGCCAGCAUAGACUUUCUGUCUCACAACCUGAAAGAAGCCAGUGCUGUGAAAGCUUCUAAACGCAGAUCACAUGGAGGAGUGGUGCGGGGAGGCUCGUUGGGAUUGACCCUAUCUGUAGGAGGUGGGCUGUCUUCUCCAGCACCUCGCUUCCCUGAGAAGGGUGCCAGCCUGUAGGGUGCACUGAGAGGUACGGGAUGCAGGGAUGGAUGGAUGGAACCAGAGUCAGGUCCAGGUAGUAAGGAAGAACCUCACACCACCAGCAUCCUCAGCCGACAGUGGGGUGGGUACCAAAACCGGGGCAUCAGGUUAAUUGCACUUGUGGCAGCCAAUCUGGGAAAGUCACAGCUUGGGGAAGGAGAAAUACAUCAUCGAGGACUUCAUUGGUUUAAGUUUAAUCAAAUAAUAAACUUCUGCAAAUUUCCUAGUUUCCCUUUUGGUUUUCAUUGGGAUUUCACACUAAAGUUUGUUCAUGCAAGGUCUUCUGCCAGUGCUUAAAAAGGUCACCCAGAGUUUUGCUAAUGUAUUUGAGUUUCAAACAUUGUGAUUUGGGAGACUACUGAGAAUUUUGUUUUACUGAGAAACAUAUUCUGUUUAAAGAAAACUGUAUUUUGUGCAUAGAAAAGAUUACUUCAACAGUAGUAUUUUGGGUAGAUUUGAGAAAAUAUAAUUCUGUAGAAAUUGUUGAUUUGCACAAGAGAGAGCUUAUAUAAUCAGCAUUGUUUGUUUAGUUUGCACUUUUUUCAACUUUGUUUGUAACUACAUUAGAAAAGUGAGAUGUUUUACUUCAAGAGUGGUUUGCAGUCAUUUUGAAAUGGAGAAUCCAUUUCUGUUUAAUAUUUAGAACAGAAAACUCUUGAGUUUACAAACAAGCUCCUUGUAAUUACCUUCUCAGAAAAUUAGUAUUUUGAUUUGUGCAAAGACAUGUAAAAAACCAUGCACUGAGUUAUUCUUUGAUUUUGAUUUGUGCAAAAUACAAAAUGUUAAAAAUCAGUUUUACUUCUUUCUUAAGGUCUGUAGCAGUAGUUAUAUUUUCAUGUGGAUAAAUGCUUUAAAGAAAAUUAUUUGUAUAGUUUAAAGGUGGCUGGAUUCCAUGUGUAGUGUACUUCUCUGCUAUCAGUAACUUGCCUCUGCUGUAGGGAGUGCUUUGCUUUUGGAAGUCUCUGUCCAUAUUAUCCUGUCAUGGCUAGAGUAAGGAGUGCAUCCACAGCUGCUAUCAAAACAGAACAGUUAAAAUGUUGCUUGAAAUAUCACUUCGUUUAGUUCUACUGUGUUCUAAAAAUGUGCAAAUAUUUAGGAGUUGGAGAAACAAUUGCCUUCAUCUGAUAUGUAAAUAAACGAAUACUGUUAUUGGUGGGUUAAAACUUGUUACUUGCUAAUAACUAGCCUUUAUUCUUAAACUGUGACUGUUUUAUUGCUUAGAAACAUGGACUGUGAAUGGAUAUCAUUAUUUAUGGAAAUGUUUACACUCAUCUUUCUCAUAAAGUGUGAAUUAUUUGUUCCAGUAUAUUUAUGACAGAUUACAAUCAACAAUGAUGUGACUUCUUAUGGUGGAUCUUAGUUCUGAAGUCAAAGUCAGAUAGGAGUUUUGUUUCUGUUUCAGUGGGGUUAAGAUUUUACCCUUUGUGUGUAGUCCUGGAAUUCUUAAUUAAGAUUACCAUUAAAUUUAGUGGGUGAAUAAUAGGGUAUUUUCCUUAAUCUAAAUCACCAGAAUGGGUUAUCUUUAAUUUUGUUUUCUUUUCCAUUCACAGAGUGCUCUGUAGUUUCAACUUGUACAUGUUUCUAGUAGUUGGCCUAGUUUUCUAAAAUUGAACAGGUACUAUAUGUAAUAAUGCAAAAAACCUUGAGGGUUCUUUCCCUCCUCUGUCAGUUUCUUUUGCCUUGAUUUGUUUGAAGAAGUCAUCAUCUGUAAUACAGCUGCUUAACAUCUUAAUAAGGUGAUUUUAUAAUAAUGAUCUUCCCCUUGCACUUGCCUUGUCAAUUAGCUUUCAGUUUUGUGAGGGUUUUAUGGUUGCACCUAAAUAAAAAAGCCUAUCUUAAGAAAUCUCUUUCUCUGUCUUUCUAAUGGUGUUUUAGAUUGUGGAAGACACAAACUUUGUUUCCUUUUUCUUUGGGAUUACUUUACACGAUGAAUUGUAUUAUUAAGUUGUUUUUUUGACCUCCUCUUCAUAUGCCAACAAGUUUUGGUUCUCAGAGCAACAUGAGAAUACUUGUCUCUUUAACAAAAUUAAUGCUUAUUUUAAAAUAAAUUCUUGAAACUAUUAGAAGAACUAUAUGCUGUGUUAGAAAUUUAUACAUCUUUUAAAGUCUUUUUAAAAUAAAUCCGUUGUAUUAGUUUCACUUACUGCUAAGUUCUGUGAGAACAUCAAACUAACAGCAGAAAGAACUGAGCUACUUUUUAUAACUUACAUAGCUUGAAUUUUUAACUCACACUUAGAAUUAAAAAUUUGAGGUUUUCUUUUAAACAUCUCGAAAUUCACUUAUGGUCUUUCAGAUGAUGCUUUGAAGGUGUCCAAACCAAAAUGGUUGGAUCUGAACCUAUCAGUAACACUCAUGAAACACAAAAUGUAAACUGAAAUUAUCUAGGAUUAAAUGAAGCUUUAAAUACUUUAAAUUAUGUUGAUUAUAUGGGUGUCAGCUUGUUACAAACAGACAGAAUAUCAAGACAUCUAUUAGGCUUUUUUUUGCUUUAUACUUUAAAUUAUGUUUAGCUAUACUGCUCAUAGGAAGAAUGUCAUGGUUACUUUCAGUCAUUUAAGACAAAUUGUUAUAGACCAAAUUGAAUGGUGGGUUUGUUCUAAAAUGAACCAGUACAGUCAUGGCUCAAGGCAGAGGAAAUGCUUAGGUUGAUGAUUGCUUCUGAUUACUUGAUUUCUUUCAAGAUAGCUACAGAGACUAACGUUUGUAAUUAAGUAAGAAGAAUAAAGGAGUGUUUGAGCAGAAGGAGUAUUAGGGCUUGUUUUAUAUGGUGGGGUUGGUUUGUUUUUGUUGGUUUUUUUUUGUUUUUGUUUUUUGUUUUUAAAGGGUGACUAACAUGGGUUUCUUUACACUUGGUUUACUCUUAUUUUUAAGUAGUGUUAAUUACACUGGAAUGCUGAAGUGGUUUAUAAGCUGAAACACAGCAAGCAUCCACUGAAAAAUUUAGCCAGUUACUGUAUGGAAUCUAACUUCCCUCCCUAUUCAGCAGUUUAAUGGCAGCAUAAUUGCAUUCAGGUAUUUUCUGUCUAUAAGUUUUUCCUCUAAAAGCACUAUUAAUAUGUUUCUUUUUAAAGUAAUAAACAUCUAAAAAAAUGGUUGU